AUGUUUCUAAAAAGUUUUUGUUUGUUUUUGACUAAAAAUGCUGCACAUUCGUUCAAGAAUGGCAGUAGAAGCUUGUCGUAUGUUGCUGAUCGUAAGUUUUGUUUUAAUUUUAAUUGUAAAGUUUAAUGUGCUGUAGAAUUAUUAUUUAUAUUAGUUUUUUGACAAUAUUUUUGACACUUUAGACGACUAUUUAUAAAGGUUUUUGUACCAAAAAUAUUUUAAAAAAUAUUUUUUAGUUUUUAAAAGUAAACGGAGGACUUAAAAAUUUUCUAACUUUGUUGCUUUCAGCUACCCUAGGCUUAACGUCAGAUCAACUUGAAGUUCAGAAACUGGCCAAAGACUUUGCUAAAAAUGAACUGCUUCCAGUGGCCGAGGAGUGCGAUUUAAAGGUAAGGGAUAGGGGUAGGUAUUACAUCUAUGGGGUUUGUAUUUUAGGUUUAAAAUUGAAAAAAAAAUUUUUUUGUUUUUUAGCAUUGUCAGAUUUAGAAAUCUCAAAUUAAAAAAAUUUCAGCAGCAACUACCUCUAGAAAAGCUGAAAAAAGCUGGUGAGCUUGGCUUCGGAGCCAUAUAUUGUUCAGAAGAUCACGGUGGUACAGGAUUGUCUCGCUUCGACGCUUCUUUAAUCUUCGAGCAACUUUCUAUGUCCGAUGCGAGUACGGCCGCUUACAUCAGUAUCCACAAUAUGGUUGUAGGCAUGAUUGACACUUACGGUAGUGAUGAGAUUAAGGGUAAAUACUUGCCAAAAAUGGCAGCUUUUGACUGGUUGGGAAGUUAUUGUUUGACCGAACCGGAUUCUGGUGGGUUUAAAGUUUUAAAAAAUCUAAACUUGGAUUAAAAUAACUUCAAUUUUUCGAAAAUUUUAAUUUACAUUUCCUUCAUGCUCUUUUCUUAAGGCUCCGACGCCGCAGCCUUAAAAACCAAUGCCAAAAUCGAUGGAGAUCACUAUGUUAUCAACGGCUCCAAAGCUUUUAUCAGUGGUUCUGGGGAUUCCAAAGUUUACCUCGUCAUGAUGAGGCAUCAUGGUCAAUCAGGCCCUAAAGGCAUUUUUUGUUUGUUGGUUGAAGAUGGUACUCCUGGCUUUAGUAUUGGCAAAAAAGAAAAUAAACUUGGAUGGAAUAACCAACCGACCAGGAUCAUCACUUUUGAAGAUUGUAGAGUGCCAAUUUCAAAUCGAAUCGGAGGUGAAAACGAAGGUUUCAAUAUUGCUAUGGCUGGCUUAAAUGGAGGCAGGGUCAACAUUGCUUCUUGUUCACUGGGAGCUGCUCAAAGCAGUUUUGAUGCCGCUAUUGACCAUGUUCAGGUUGGUAAUUAUAGUUGAUAAAUAGGAGAAACAGUGAGAGUAGCGACGUCCCUGUUGGGGUGUGAUAGAGUGGAGUUGGGCAAUGUAGGGUGGGAUAUUGUCGAUUAGGGUACAGUUGGACAGAGAUGUGGUGUGUAGGGUAAGAUAGGGUGAAGUAGGGUAGGGUAUGGUUCGUUAGGGUCCAUUAAGGUAACGUAGUGUAGGAUUAUGUAGAGUAAUCUAAGUUAAGGUAUAAUAGAAGGUAGAGCAAGCACAAAUAUCACCUGUCUAUUAUUGAUUUUUGUGUACAACAUACUUUUUUAGAUCAGAAAGCAGUUCAACAAGCCGAUUGGUGAUUUUCAAUGGACACAAUUCAAGCUGGCUGAAAUGGCUACCAAAUUGGUCUCUUCAAGACUGUUGAUUAGGAAUGCUGCUGAUCAUUUGACAAGGAAGACUCCACAUGCUGCUUCACUUUGUGCUAUGGCAAAGCUUCAUGGCACUGAUGAAUGCUUUAAUGUAAGAUAACAUUACUUUAAUGCAAAAAACAAUAUUGUUGUAGGUAGUGAACCAAGCGCUGCAAAUGUUUGGUGGCUACGGAGUGCUGAAGGAUUACCCAAUUGAGAAGCAUUUACGAGACUGUAGAGUGCAUCAAAUUAUUGAAGGUACUAACGAAGUCAUGCGCAUGAUACUGGGAAGAGAUGUGCUCACAAAGGAAAAAUACACAUAA